UAACAUUGAAAAGGUUAUUUGUUGAGACUAACUAUUCAAAUAAAGGAAGAAACAAUACAAUUCAUACAAAGUUGUGUGCCCCAUUUUUUUCUUACUUAUUCAACUCGAACCUUUUCUCAUCAUUCUUCUAUAAAUAGAAACCGAAUUCAAGCCAAAAUAUAAUUCAUAAACCAACCUAGCUAAGUAUUCUCAAAAUCCCCAUUUGUUUCUCUCUUGUUAUCACUCUCCAUUGUCCAAACCUAGCUAGCUAGAAAAUGGCGUUUAGGGACUACUUAAAUUUUUCCCUAAUAAUAGUACUAGCACUCCUUUCUGCUUUUCCAAACACCAUCUUUGCUUAUUCUCUCGACGAAGUCAAAUCAUGGUGUGGCCAAACACCCAAUCCCCAACCAUGCGAGUAUUUUCUAAGCACCGCCCAAUAUAGUAACUAUCACGUCCAUGCCCCCAUCAAACAAAACUCCGACUUCUUUAAGAUAUCCACCAAGCUCGCCCUGGACCGGGCCGUCCACGCUCACAACGGCGUCGUUUCGCUCGGGCCCAAAUGCCGGAACUCGCGAGAGAAGGCAGCCUGGGCCGAUUGCCUCGAGCUCUACGAGUACACAAUCCAAAGACUCAACGAGACCGCUGACUCUGAUGACAAGUCAUGCUCUCAAGAAGAUUUCCAGACGUGGCUCAGUACGGCUCUGACCAACCUCGACACGUGUCGUUCUGGGCUUCUCGAGAUGGGAGACCCCGACAAUCUCCUGCCGUUGAUCACGUCCAAUAAUGUCACCAAAUUGAUUAGCAACACUUUGGCUAUAAACAAACCGGGGUCGAAUACUAAACAGAGUUACAAAAAUGGGUUCCCUAGUUGGGUGAGGCCAGGUGACCGGAAGCUCUUGCAGUCGUCGUCAUCACCGUCUUCUCAGGCCGAUGUUGUGGUGGCGCAAGACGGCUCCGGGAAAUAUAAGACGAUAAAAGAGGCGGUGAGCGCGGCGGGGAGUGGAAAAAAGAGUGGCAGGUUUGUAAUUUACGUGAAGUCUGGGACGUAUAACGAAAAUAUUGAGAUAAAGGGCAAGAAUAUUAUGUUGGUCGGAGAUGGUAUUGGGAAGACUAUUGUUACCGGAAGCAAAAGCGUCGGAGGCGGUUCUACCACCUUCAAUUCAGCCACUGUCGCUGUUGUUGGAGAUGGAUUUAUUGGUCGAGACAUUACAUUCCGAAACACAGCCGGACCAUCCAAUCACCAAGCCGUGGCACUGCGGUCGGGUUCGGAUCUAUCCGUAUUCUAUAGAUGUAGCUUCGAAGGUUACCAAGAUACCCUUUACGUCCACUCCGAUAGACAAUUCUACAGAGAAUGUGAUAUUUAUGGCACUGUCGACUUCAUAUUCGGCAACGCUGCUGUUGUGUUCCAAAACUGCAACAUCUACGCUCGUAACCCACCCAACAAAACCAACACCAUCACCGCCCAAGGCCGAACCGACCCGAACCAAAAUACGGGCAUUUCGAUCCACAAUUGUCGGGUCACCGCCGCUUCGGACCUGAAAUCGUCCCAAAGCUCAGUCAAAACAUACUUGGGGAGACCCUGGAAGGAGUAUUCGAGGACUGUUUUCAUGAAAACUAGUCUUGAUAGUUUGAUCAACCCGGCGGGCUGGUUGGAGUGGAGUGGCAGUUUUGCCCUCAAGACUCUGUAUUAUGGUGAGUACGCAAAUACUGGAGCGGGUUCGUCCACGGCGAACCGGGUCAAAUGGCCCGGUUACCGUGUAAUUACUAGUGCAUCCGAGGCUUCGAAAUUUACCGUGGGUAAUUUUAUCGUGGGUGGGUCGUGGUUGCCUGCUACCAGUGUGCCUUUUACGUCUGGUCUUUAAUUUCCAUGAUGCUCUUUUUCAAAUUUGUAAAUCAUUGUGUAUUUACAUUUGUUACAAGUGAUGUCUUAUAAGGGUAAAUUAGGUUUUUUAUUAUUAUUAUUGUUUGUAUUUUUCAAAUAAAGUGAUCAAAGUUCACUACGUAAAGGGUACCGUAAGUACCAUUUGUCAUUAUUCUUUAUAUGGUUUGAAAUUGCAUGAACAAUUAAUUGUCAAUUAUUCUUUA